AUGAAAAGAGUAAAGGGUUUGUCAGCUUAAGAAAAGUAAAAAGCCAUUCUAGAAAUAUUUUUUGAGACAAGAGAUAUUUUUAACAAAGAGGAAAUUGAAAAGGAAGCCAAAAAGAAAAGAAUUAAUAAUCCUUAGGAUGUUCAGGAUAUUCUAAAAGUUCUAGUUUAAGAUAAUUUGAUUAAUAAGGAUAAGGUAGGAAUAGGUUCUUUCUUUUGGUCCUUUCCUAAUGAAAAAAAGGAAGAAAUGGUCAAAGUCAUAAACGGUCUAGAUGAGAAAAUGAUUUAAUUGAAUCAAAAGAUCUAGGAAACAGAAAUAAAAAUUUAAAUGGAAUAAAGUUUAAGAACAUCAGAUGACAGAGAUGAUUUACUAAGUUAACAUUAAAAUCUUAAAAAAACAGUGGAACAAAAGCUUAAAUAAGUAAAUUUGCUAAAAAGAAAUGAUCCAAAAAGAGUUCAAGAAAUGAAGAAUAAAAUAGAAUAAUAUAGAAUACUUGCUAACUUAUGGGGAGAUAAUAUCGAGGCACUUCUUUCUUUCUUAAAGAAAAAAUUUUAUAUGAAUGCUUAAGAUUUGAAAAAUUAUAAGGAAGUUUUUGAAAUAGAUUAGGAAAUAGAAUAUAUUGAAAGUGUUUGA